CCAUGAGGAUUGGAUAUGACCGAGCCUGGAACUUUGGUGAGGGGGUGUUGCCAAGCAACCUCGUGGAAUCUCUGUAAACACUCCAUUGCAGUUGGUAACACAGUAUCCCUUCCUGUCAUUCUGCCUGCAUGGGAAAGCCUCAAUAUGGGAAGAAAUAACACAGAAAAAGCUGACAAUCCAGUGGUUUCAUCAGGACAUGAAGCAAAAGAAGGUGAUGGUCAACGACGCUCCAUUCGACAGAGGAAAGCUGUUGAGCGCUAUCAAGCUCCAUUGGAAAAUCUAGGAAAACAUAAGAUAAAUUUUUCCAACCAUACUUCACCUGUCAGAGAGAGAGAUUCAUGUAAAAGAACUAAAAGAUCUCUUUCGGUCAACUCUCGGAAAGACAACUUAAAUGAAGUUCACAGAACUUCACAUGAAAAUCAAAUGAACGUUGGAACAAGUCUGGCUAGUGUUGAGAGAAUGCAAAUAGAUAGUUCGGUACAAUUUGAUGGCGUGGGUGGUCAUUCUCACCACAUUUCAGAUUUAAAAGAGAUGAUCAUUUUGCCGUUGCUUUAUGCUGACACCUUUGAGAAACUGAAAAUUAAACCUCCCAGAGGCUGUCUGUUCUAUGGUCCACCAGGGACUGGAAAGACACUGGUUGCUCGUGCACUUGCUAAUGAAUGUAGCAGAGGUGACAGGAAAGUAACCUUUUUUAUGAGAAAUGCUGCCGACUGCAUGAGUAAAUGGAUAGGAGAAUCUGAACGACAGCUUCGUUUAGUAUUUCAGCAGGCCUACCAGAUGCGACCUUCAAUUAUUUUCUUUGAUGAGAUCGAUGCUCUUGCUCCCACACGGUCCAGUAAACAAGACCAAGUUCAUAGCUCUGUUGUGGGGACACUUCUGACACUUAUGGAUGGCUUAGCCAGCAGAGGAGAGGUUGUGGUUAUUGGAGCCACCAACAGACUGGAUUCUAUAGAUCCUGCUUUACGAAGACCCGGACGCUUUGAACGAGAAUUCCAUUUCACCUUACCAAACAAACAGCAGGCGAGACAAGAGAUUUUCAAAAUUCACACACGAGACUGGACCCUGAAGCCAUCAGACAACUUACUUGAAGAGCUGGCUGAGAAAUGUGUUGGAUAUUGUGGUGCUGAUAUUAACGCCUUAUGUGUCGAAGCUGCCCUCUGUGCUUUGCGCCGCCGUUAUCCUCAGAUACAUGAAAGUGACAAGAGACUGAAGAUAGAUGCCACUUCGAUUAAAGUAACACCAAAGGAUUUUGCCAUGGCCAUGCAGAAGAUUGUUCCAGCUUCACAGAGAGCUGGGGCUUCACCUGGACAAGCACUACCACUACCACCUAUUUCAAAGCCGCUGUUAGAAAACACUCUGGAAAGAAUUUUACAAGCCUUGCAGAGAGCAUUUCCCCAUGCAGAACUUGCACUGAAGAAGGGCCAAGGAAAUUAUGGAAUUGACAAUGAAGAAUCACCAUCAGUCUCUGGAAAGAUGCCAACUCAUAAAAUUUCUGAUAGCAAAAAGGCAGAAUUCCACACUUUUAGCAGCAAUCCUCCUUACCAGCCAACAUCUUUCAGGCCACGGUUCUUAUUAGUUGAAGAGCCAGGAUCUGGGCAAGCUUUUGAUUUGGCACGUGCAGUAAUACAUGCCCUGGAAAAGUUUCCAACUUAUACACUAGACCUACCGACUUUGUUUAUUAGCAGCACAUCACAGGAAGAAACAUGUUCACAGUUGAUACGAGAAGCUCAAAGAACAGCACCAAGCAUCAUUUAUAUCCCACAAAUCCCUUUGUGGUGGGAGGCUGUUGGACCUACACUGAAAACUGGUUUUACAGGACUACUGAAUUACAUUCCAUACUUUGCUCCAGUUUUGCUUCUUGCAACAUCUGAUGUGCAACAUGAAGAUCUCCCAGAAGAGAUAAAAGCAUUGUUUAAUAAUAAUCGUGAAGAAGUUUUCAAAAUCCCGCGGCCUACCUGUGCUGAAAGAAGAGGGUUUUUUGAGGAUUUGAUCAUGAAGCAAGCUGCUGAACCUCCUGCAUCAAAAACCAAUGCAGAUUCAAAGGUACACCGUGUGACUCAUGCGAGAUGUUCUCAGGUGGAUGAGCAACCGCGACAAGUGUUGGAUUCUAUUGUUGAGGCAACUGAAAGCAUCAGUAUAUCAAGCAUGGUAAAAUUAUAUUCUGUCCUUAGCCUGUGCAUUUACCAACAUCGAGAUGAUGCCGACAAAACUGAAUUAGUGACGGAAAUGAAGAAAGAAAUUGCAGCCCUCAGUUGGCUGUGAUACUUGACUUCAGCAUACUUGACAUACUCUAAUGUUCAUAUAUGGCUCCCAAAUAGAUAAGUUGUGUUUAUCAUGUCUCAGUAAUUGUAGCAGGUAUAGAAAAAAGAAUAGAAGAAAGAAACUUUAAGCACGUAACUGAAACCAGACAUAACAGAACCGGCGACACUUGGCGAAACGACUAAGGUAACACCAGAUUAUAAGGAACAAAACAAGGCUAUCUUGUCGAACUAGGUUAGGGUAAUUCUGACAGUAGGAGACCGUGCCCACUGGCCUAAGACAGGAAGACACCAUCUGAAGUAAGAAGGGCACUAGCUCAAAAGAAGACUGAGCAUGUGGGCAUGUGAAGUGACAGAAUCAUUUAACCAACAGAAGACUAAUUAAUAAGAGGACUAUGGAAUUUGGAGCCAAUGAACAUUAGUGUCUUUGCUAAGAAUAGUGAAAUGUUGCAAUACUCAGUAUGCUGGCUUUGUGGAUUAUUUCUGCAAAUAAAUCAAAUAUCUCGACUCUGUGUGUG